AUGGUGCAGCUCUUCAUCUUAACCUGCUUACGCUAUGGCUUCACCAAGGUGGACUCUUCUCAGAGUGGUCACACUUUACAGAAGGUUGAUGUAUUGAUGGUGAUUGAAAAGCUGGGUGAGAGGUUGCCUGGGAGGUUGAAUAUAAGGCAGCACCUUGUAGAACCACAUGGAGAGCAAGGCAAGAUCGGUGUAGUCUUCAAUAUUGGCACAGUGGACAUCUCUAUUAAAGAGGAAAGCACACCUGUAAAUGAUGGCAAAUACCACGUGGUACGCUUUACCAGGAAUGGUGGCAAUGCCACACUUCAGGUUGACAGCUGGCCAGUGAAUGAACACUACCCAACAGGCAACACUGAUAGUGAACGGUUCCAAAUGGUAAAACAGAAAAUCCCCUUCAAAUAUAACCGGCCCGUAGAGGAGUGGCUGCAGGAAAAAGGACGGCAGUUAACGAUCUUCAACACCCAGGCGCAAAUAGCCAUAGGAGGGAAGGACAGAGGGCGUCUCUUCCAAGGCCAGCUCUCCGGUCUCUAUUACAAUGGCUUGAAAGUGCUGAACAUGGCAGCGGAGAACAACCCCAACAUUAAAAUCAAUGGAAGUGUCCGACUUGUUGGGGAAGUCCCUUCUAUCUUGGGAACAACACCUACAACCUCUGUGCCACCGGAAAUGUCUACUACAGUUAUGGAAACCACAACGACGAUGGCCACCACUACAACCCGAAAAAAUCGUUCGCCACCCAGCAUUCAGCCUACAACAGAUGACAUCGUUUCAUCAGCUGAAUGUUCCAGCGAUGAUGAAGAUUUCAUUGACUGUGAGCCCAGUACAGGUAAGUCAGGUCAGUCUU